AUGUCAGAAGAUACAAUUCAAAAGAAAUUUUGCCUGCCACGACAGCAAAUUCAGCAGCUUUUAGAUCUUAUUAGUCCGGAUGUGUCAAGACAAACUCGACGGAACCACCCCCUCAGCUCCGAAAUUCAGCUGCUUGCGGCUCUCCGUUUUUAUGCAGUGGGGAGUUUUCUGGAGGUGGUUGGGGAUGGAUAUGGACUGAGUAAGACCUCGGUGUGGCGGUGCGUUCGUUCAGUCACAAACAUCCUGCUCCGUCAUGCCACAGAUUAUAUCCGCAUGCCUUCCGCCAGGCACGAAGUGAUGGAGGCGCAUCAAAGAUUCCAUGCCAUUGCCGGUAUACCACAAAUAAUAGGGCUUGUCGACGGGACACUUAUCCCCAUAGCCAACCCAUCAGCGCUCAACCAGGCCUUCAUCUGUCGUAAGGGAUUCGCGGCCAUCAAUGUCCAGGUGGUGGUGGACCACAGGGGGAUGUUUGCAGACGUGGUGGCAAAGUGGCCUGGUAGCGCACACGACAGCUUUGUAUGGGCCAAUUCAGUAGUGGGUCAAGACGCAGAAAGAGGGUUUUUUGGGCAGAGCUUUUUUAUAGGAGACAGCGGCUACCCCCUCAGAACCUAUCUUCUAAAUCCAGUCACCAACCCCACCACGCGGGCCGAGGAGAAUUACAACAUUGCACACAUCCAUACCCGCAACUUGGUGGAGCGCUCGAUUGGGCACUGGAAGAUGAACUUCCGGUGCCAGCAUAAAUCAGCUGGAGGGUUGCGUCUGAAGCCAGAAAGAUGUUGUGCAGUUGCAGUAGUUACAGCAAUGCUACACAACAUUGCAGUCAGUGGAGGUGCAGCUUUGCUAGAAGAGGAGGAGGAAGAAGAGGAGGAGGAGGAAGCCGAGUUUAUUUUUCCUCCACAGUAG